AUGGGAGCAACCCUAGAUAGCGAGACGCUCAAGCAGUACCUGGCCGACAGCCCGCCCACUGUCGUGCCUCUGGCCAUCAAACCCCACUUUGACGCAUUGUCCGAUAAAGAGAAGCUCUACGCUCACCACCUCUCCCUUGCCUGCUUUGCAGGAACCCGUAUCGUUCUGCGGCAGUGCUCCCCCGAGUCCGAGCCCAUCUAUGACUUCAUCGUCGCCCUCCACAAGCACGCCAAAGGCGACUACCAUGCACUCGCCAAAGACGCUGGUCUCUCCAAAGAUGAGAUCGACGAGUACCUCAAUUACGCCGCGCAGUUCCUCGGAAAUCUAGGUAAUUACAAGUCGUUUGGGGACUCCAAGUUCGUGCCACGUCUCGAGCCUCGUCAGCUAAAGGCGCUGGCGACCCUAUCCCAAGAUGCACUAGCCUUGUACGAGAUAUUCAAGGGUGCUAUCUAUGCAGGCAAUGACGUUGCAAAGCUUCAUCUUGGCUAUCCAUGCGCAGGACAUGUCUCUGCAUAUUAUCCUGAUAGCCCAGACAUCACAAAAGAGGAGAUCGCGGCUGUAAGCGGCUUCCUGGAGAGCAAGGGCCUCCUACCAGAAAACACAAGAGUCAGGAAGACCAGCCACGGCUUCGACGUUUUGAUCGCUUCAGCCCUGAAUGAGCCCUCUCCCUCACAAAGAGACCUGGCGGAGAGCAAGUGGACGCUUGAGGAUGGGACGACCCUUAGUCUCGUCUUUGGCGAUUACACAAAAGAAAUGGUCACCAUCGCACAUAACAUUGAUGAAGCAAAGAAGUAUGCGGCGAAUGAGAAUCAGAUCAAGAUGAUGGAGGAAUACUUUAGGAGCUUUAGUACAGGUUCGCUCCAGGCGUUUAAAAGGAGUCAAAUGGCUUGGGUACAAGACAAGGGCCCGCAAGUAGAGUCUGAUAUUGGCUUCAUCGAGACAUACCGCGACCCUCACGGCAUCCGUGGCGAAUGGGAAGGCUUCGUCGCUAUGGUGAACAAGGAGCGGACCAAGGCUUUCGGCAUGCUUGUCAAGCAGGCUCCACAGUACAUUCCACUCUUGCCCUGGAACAAGGACUUCGAAAAGGACAAUUUCUUAAGCCCAGACUUCACGUCGCUUGAGGUGCUUACAUUUGCUGGUAGCGGUAUCCCCGCGGGUAUCAACAUUCCCAACUACGACGACAUCCGCCAAAACCUUGGCUUCAAGAACGUCUCCCUUGGUAACAUUCUGUCCGCUAAAGCUCCCAACGAAUCUAUACCCUUCAUCAAAGACCGCGACCUCGCAGUGUAUCAAAACUACCGCGACCCCGCCUUUGAGGUGCAAGUCGGCCUGCAUGAGCUACUUGGUCACGGUUGCGGCAAGCUUCUCCAAGAAACAGAGCCUGGUGUCUACAACUUCGACUUUGAAAACAAGCCCAUCUCCCCUCUGACCGGCCAACCCAUAACCUCCUGGUACAAGCCUGGCCAAACUUGGGGCUCCACUUUUGGUACCUUUGCAGCAUCUUACGAAGAGUGCCGCGCCGAAUGCGUUGCCAUGGCACUGUCCUGUGAAUUUCCCAUUCUCGCUCUAUUCGGCUUUGGAGACGGUACUCCUGAUAUGAACAGCGAGGCUGGCGACGUGCUGUACACAGCAUACCUACAAAUGGCACGUGCAGGAAUUGCAGCCCUCGAAUUCUGGGACCCGAAGAGUAGGAAGUGGGGACAAGCGCACAUGCAAGCUCGUUUCUCCAUUCUACGCACCUUUCUCAAUGCAGGCGUCGAGUUUUGCCAACUAGAGUGGGAAAAGGAAGAUUUGUCAGAUCUGACAAUCCGUCUUGAACGCGACAGAAUCCUCGACCUGGGACGACCAGCAGUGGAUGAUUACCUGCAGAAAUUACAUAUCUAUAAGGCGACGGCAGACGUAAAGGCAGCGAAGAGGAUGUAUGAUGACAUAACCGACGUGGAGAGUUUAUACGCUGAUCUGGUGAGACCGGCUGUAUUGAAGAAGAAGACGCCCAGAAAGGUGUUUGUGCAGGCGAAUACGGUCGAUGUAGGAGGAAAGGUACAAUUGAAGGAGUAUGAGGCAAGUGCACAGGGAAUGGUUGAGAGCUAUGUAGAGAGGGAGUAUGUCUAG